CCUUUUUUUGUCUUUACAGGGCAAUAUGCAGUUCUCAAGAAAACGGUCAAGAAAAAAUUGCCAUUCUUUCGUGUGUGUGUCUGAGGAACUUUGACAUCUGACAAUUCAUCAGCCUGUUGCCUCACUCUUUCCUAAAGAAAUAAAGGAGAGGGCAUAUAUUAUGCACUUUUGGCAAAUCUGUAGGAAAAACUUUCGGAAUUAAAAAAUAUGUAGGUCUAUUGCAAAUUGAUUUGAGAAAUAACUUGAAUUUGCUUGUGCCGCACUAGUAUUUGUCAUGUUGCUGCAAGUGCAAUCCAUUCGAGUGUUGAACAUUUGCAAGGUGUAGCUGUCAAUGUAAUCGUAGAAAUUCUUAAGUUUGCCAGAGUUUUGCCACGUCUAACAGCUACUUUAAGCACAAAACGCAAUACGAAAGGCGAGUGCGAUUGGCAACGCCACUCAUUUGCACAGCUACUUGGCAACGCAGUCACGAGUGAUUCUCAGUACAGAAUAAAGAAAAUUUGCAAACGGCGGAGACGAAAUUUGUAAACAAAAAAGGUUUUUAAUUCGUGAAAAGUAUUUUAAAGGGAUUGGAUUGCAUCAAAAUUAUGUGAGCCGUGAAUACAAUUAAAAAUUAAAAUUUCUCCUAGAUGUGCUGCAUGAAUUUUUAACUAGCAUCAGCAACGGCGAAAAUCCAAAAAGUAGCAGCACAAACUUUCUGAAGUACACCAAUGCAAACUUAGCGUAGCUUAGAAAAGUGUCGGAUAGAACUGAAGUGGUGUACAAGUUAUUCAUGUAGUAGGGAAGGCGUUCAAUUGGGCAAUUUAAGUACAUCGGUAGAUACUUAGCCAGUCGAACAACAUUGGAAAGUUUGCGGAACAGCCUGGUGAGUGCAGCAAGUGUUGCUCAUCAAUAUUCUGACAAGGCACAUAAACAUAUACUAAAAUUCGGCAUAAGAGGAAGUGUCCAGCUGUGCGACACAAGUACAUAAAAGAAAGUAUAUAAAACAUCAGUAACGACAACAAUUCAUCAAAUUUUCAAUUUCUAAAAAUGGCAGAGGAUGAAAUUUUGUUCGAUGACGUUUACGAAUUGUGCGAAGUUAUUGGCAAAGGCCCAUUCUCCAUUGUACGUCGCUGCAUACACAGAGAAUCAAACCAACAGUUUGCCGUUAAAAUUGUUGAUGUAGCGAAGUUUACAGCCAGUCCUGGCCUGAGCACAGCUGACUUGAAGCGCGAAGCGACAAUAUGCCACAUGCUGAAACAUCCGCAUAUAGUCGAGUUGCUGGAGACGUACAGCUCCGAGGGCAUGCUGUACAUGGUGUUCGAAUUCAUGGAAGGCUCCGAUUUAUGCUUUGAAGUGGUGCGUCGCGCUGUGGCUGGCUUUGUGUACAGUGAAGCUGUGGCAUGUCAUUACAUGCGUCAAAUUUUGGAGGCUUUACGUUACUGCCAUGAAAACGAUAUUUUGCAUAGAGAUGUAAGGCCGGCGUGCGCACUGCUCGCGACCGUAGACAAUUCAGCGCCGGUGAAAUUGGGUGGCUUUGGCUCGGCUAUACAGCUGCCGGGCGGCAGAGAGACGAUCGAAACACAUGGUACGUUUGAUUUAGCUACAUACACAAAAUUUAGCUUGAACCAGCACAUAUUCAAAUACUUAAUAAAUAAUUUCAUUGUCUGCAAAAUUUGUAAAGGUCGCGUGGGUUGUCCGCACUAUAUGGCGCCCGAAGUGGUGACGCGGCGUUUAUAUGGCAAAGGCUGUGAUGUUUGGGGUGCAGGUGUAAUGCUGCAUGUGCUGCUGUCCGGUCGUUUACCGUUCCUGGGCUCGGGUAUAAGACUGCAAAAUUCCAUAGCACGUGGCCGUGUUUCAUUUGAGGCUCCAGAAUGGAAAUCGAUUUCUGCAACGGCAAAAGAUUUGGUUAUGAAAAUGCUGGCUGCGAAUCCACACCACAGACCGUCGAUAACGGAAGUAUUGGAGCACCCUUGGAUGCGGGAUCGUGAUAAGCUUCAACGUCAACAUUUGGCGGACACAGUCGAGGAAUUGAAACGUUACAAUGCGCGUCGCAAACUAAAAGGAGCUGUACAAGCCAUUGCAGGUGGCACAACGUUGGACCCACUGUUUGGCACAGACACUGACUCAAUGCCCGUAGCGUCUGCCUCGGACAUGUUAAAUGAAUGGGCUGAUGAAGAAGCGGGCAUUGAAGCUGUACAACGCAUUUUAGACUGCCUAGAUGAUAUUUAUGCGCUGCAGGAUUUCAAUGUCGAUCCAGAAGUGUUGCGUGAAAUGUUGCGCGAUGGUCGAUUACACCAGUUUUUACAGUUGUUUGAUCGAAUUAGCUCGACCGUGAUGUCACCAUCCCGUGCACCUCCAGGUGAUGCCGUAGCGCGGUGUAGAGAUGUUAUCGAAUCAGUUUCAUCGGUCGGCGGAAAUAAGUAUUUAAAAGACGAACUGAUGGCAGUUUUAGCUUCGUCACAUUUCCAGGCUUUGCUACAUACUCACGAUGUUGUUGCCCGUGACGUUUACGGCGAGGAGGCACUGCGCGUCACACCGCCACCAAUGGCACCCUAUAUUAAUGGUGACGAAAUCGAUAAUGUGGACAAUGGCGAGUUGCAACAUGUAACCAGAGUACGUUUGGUGCAAUUUCAAAAGAACACCGACGAACCAAUGGGCAUAACGUUAAAAAUGACCGAAGACGGCCGUUGCAUUGUAGCCAGAAUAAUGCAUGGCGGCAUGAUACAUCGCCAGGCCACGCUGCAUGUUGGCGAUGAGAUACGGGAAAUUAAUGGACAACCCGUGCAACAUCAAUCAGUGGGGCAAUUGCAACGCAUGCUGCGUGAAGCGCGUGGUUCGGUUACCUUCAAAAUAGUUCCUUCUUAUAGAAGUGCUCCGCCACCCUGCGAGCUUUUCAGGAUAAGACCAACUCCAGUACUUAUAUUUGUGCGUGCACAAUUCGAUUAUAAUCCUUUAGAUGAUGAGCUUAUACCAUGUGCUCAGGCAGGCAUCGCAUUCCAAGUUGGCGAUAUUUUACAGAUUAUUAGCAAAGAUGACCAUCAUUGGUGGCAGGCACGUUUGGAUACAGUCGGCGGUUCGGCUGGUUUGAUACCAUCGCCAGAGCUACAAGAAUGGCGUAUUGCCUGCAAUGUUGCUGAUAAGACCAAACAAGAACAAGUAAAUUGUUCGAUCUUUGGACGCAAGAAGAAGCAAUGUCGCGACAAAUACUUAGCCAAACACAAUGCUAUAUUUGAUAACUUGGAUGUGGUCACAUAUGAGGAGGUUGUAAAAGUGCCAGUCGGUGAUCCAAACUUUCAACGGAAAACGUUGGUUUUGCUUGGUGCGCAUGGUGUGGGUCGCCGUCACAUUAAGAAUACAUUAAUUUCCAAGUAUCCCGAUAAAUAUGCCUACCCCAUACCACAUACAACGAGACCUGCUAAACCGGAGGAGGAGAAUGGUCGCAGCUAUUACUUUGUUUCACAUGACGAAAUGAUGGCCGACAUUGCUGCGAAUGAGUAUUUGGAAUACGGUACUCACGAGGAUGCCAUGUACGGCACGAAAUUGGAUACUAUACGCCGCAUACACACCGAAGGCAAAAUGGCUAUAUUGGAUGUUGAACCACAAGCUUUGAAAAUUCUACGUACUGCAGAGUUCACGCCAUACGUAGUGUUUAUUGCGGCGCCGUCAUUACAAAAUAUUGCUGAUUACGAUGGCAGUUUGGAGCGGCUGGCUAAGGAGUCCGAUAUGUUACGUCAAUUGUAUGGACAUUUCUUUGAUUUGACGAUUGUAAACAACGACAUUAGCGAGACAAUUGCUACGCUGGAAGCGGCCAUCGAACGCGUGCACACCACUCCACAAUGGGUGCCAGUUUCAUGGCUGUACUGACAAGACAGUGAGCUUGAGUGUCCCGACUGUUUGGAGGGCUGUGACUGUGAAUGGGAAGCAUACGCAGCCGGUGCCCAACAACAUAAUGCGGGCCUCUUUUGAACUAAGUAUACCCACAAUGAAUAGGCAUUACAUUUAGAACAGCAUCGCUAAAAAGAAAGAAAAAAAGAAGAAAAAAACAUCACUGGUAUGAACUAACGUGCAAGCGUGCAAAAGUAUACUGUGAAAUUGAAAAAAUAAAUGCAAUAUGGCAAGAUGUUGAAGUAAUAUGGCAAAAGUGAAAUGUUAAAGCAUAAAGGCAUAUUUACUUGCGGCAGUGCACUAAGUGACACAAGCAAAUAUACACACGAAACAUACACAAACUCCAUACACUAGUUCGUAGAAAAAUUUAUAAAUGAAUAAUUCGGGUGCAACAUUAUGGAAAAAAGACAUACAUAUAGUAUAGUUUAGGUAAUUAAGUAAAUAAAUAAAAUAUGCAUUAACACUUAUAUACAGACAUACAUUCCAAGUAAACAAAAAAAAAAAAUAAAACAAGCAACGUUAAAAGAUUUAGUAAAUGCCAUUAGGUAUGGGUGGUUAUGUACAGAGUCUGUACUACAAACUGUAUAUACGCAAAUAUUAUCGUAAAUGCAUACCAGUUGUGUGAAAAAAAAUUCCAUUAGAAAUUAAAAACUUAUCGUACACAUGGUUUAGCAAACGUGCAAUAAUUCUUUGAAAUAAAAGGCAGAUGUAAAACAGUUAUUUAAACAAGUGCGCAAUUUCCAAUUUUCUAUGCGGGUAUUCGCAAUUUGAAUUACUAAACCGCUGUUUAUAACUAUAAAAUUUGAAGAGUUGCUUUUACACACUUUGCUCUGCAAAUGUAGAUGGGCAUUAGGGCGAGAGUCAAUUUGUAUGGUAGAUUUUUUCGACUAUGCGGAUUGGGUAAGAAGUAUUCUACAUGAAAUUCUAAGAGUAUAGAAACCAUGGCGAUAUUAGUUAGCAGUGCGCAAUACCAUUCCGCAGGGAUCGAGCCCAGUUUCCGGCCAAUUCUAAUAGCAGUCAUCCGCUUGCCAAAUUGCGAAAAUAAGUUUUUUCCUUUGUGACUUUUUAUUUAGCGCCCGUGUCAUUAAGAUUUUUUAAAUUUUGUAUAAAAACAUGCUAUGUUGGGUUUUUUAAUAUGAGGAAUCCAUUUCUGUACUUAUCUUUUUCCUAAAACAUCCGCCAGUUUUUAUAAAAAAUCAGACACCACAGCCAAAUAAAACGUUGCUGAGGAAAAAAAUCUAUUUUCGCAACUUGGCAAAAUGGAAAUUGAUUUUACACCCAUGGUUUUUUCGGCAACUCAGCUUAGAAUAUCACGUAGAACAACCAUAUACCUUACUUGAAUAGCAAAAAAAAGCUACCCUUCCAAUUGGAUCCGGGUUUAUCCAAAUGUAUUUCAAUACCAUCUACAUAUACUUAGCCAAAAUUUUUACUCGAGUUAUGGUGUGCACACAAAUGCGCCCGGCUAAAAAACGAUAACGAUAGGCUUGAGGUCUACCCACGCUCCGCAUUUAUUCAAAUCAUUUUCUUGUUGUUGUUUCAUAAGAUUGCACGUUUGUUAAAUUGAGAGUGAUGCAAAUGCAUAUAUACAUAAAUAUUUGGGAACUUUGUAGGCUUCAUUUGAUACUUUGUUAAGUUUACACAGAGCAAUUGUUAACUUCUAAUUUAUUUAAAGACGCUUAUGUAAAGUAAAUAGUAUAUAUAUACAUACAUACGUAUACAUAUACAGACAAGCACUUGUUAAAUUUUUUUUUUAAUUUAACUUUUAAUUAUACUAAUUCUUAAAAUGAACUAUUUGAAAUUAAGCGAAAGAAAAUGCAAA